AUGAACACAAAUGCCUUUGCUAAUUUGUGCGAGUUGCUUCAAGUCCAAGGAGGACUUUGUGAGGAUGGUCAAGUAAGCUUGCCGGAACAAGUUGCAACUUUUUUAAUUAUCUUAGCUCAUCACAAGAAAAACCGUAGUCUACAAGUUAGAUUUUGUAGGUCUGGAAAAGCAGUUAGUAAGUAUUUCAAUAAGGUUUUAAAGGCUAUUAUACGUAUGCAAAAUUUGUUAUUCGCCAAGGCCUCACCGGUUGAAGAGGAUUGCAUAGACCCAACAUGGAGAAAGUUUAAGGUAAACCUAAAUGGAUUAUGUUGCUUGGGAGCAUUAGAUGGCACUUAUAUAGAGGUGACAGUCCCCGAGUCUGAUAAGUCAAGAUAUCGAACAAGGAAGGGUAAAAUAUGUACUAAUGUCCUAGGAGUGUGUAACCGAGAUAUGAGCUUUGUUUAUGUACUUAGUGGAUGGGAGGGAUCGGCAUCUGAUUCAAGAAUACUUCGAGAUGCAAUCACUCGUGGUAAUAGUCUCAAGAUACCUUAUGGUAAUUACUAUUUAGUAGAUGUGGGUUACACAAAUGGUCCUGAGUUCCUAGCACCAUAUAGAGGCACUCGCUAUCAUGUUAGAGAGUGGGCUCAAGGAACACGUGCACCUUGCAACUACCAGGAGUAUUUUAAUAGAAAGCAUUCUUCUGCUAGGAAUAACAUGGAUAUGGAUCCGGAAGAGCAAACUAGCUUCUUAGAUGAAUUUCUGCCCGUCGGAGAGGAAGCACCAGAUGAGUUGAUCGAUGUGGUUGAAAAUACAAAUGAGUGGAGACAAUGGUGUGUCAACAUUGCAAUUGAGAUGUACGAAGAGUGGCGAACUAGUCGUACGGAAUAG